CGUGCUUCCUCGAUUUAUCGCAGUUUUACUGUACAAUAAUUGAUUUGAUUCUAGUGUCUGACAGUGAUAAUAUUAUACAGUCUGGCGUGAUAGAUACAUUUAUUAUAUACCUGUUUAAUGCUUUUAACAAAAUACAGGUUGUAUCAAUCGUUGAAAUAAAAAUUUCCGUAUUACGCUACUCGCUGUUUCCAAUUCCGUAUUACCAUACUAGCCGGACUACUUCGACCUAUUUAAUGACGUCACUUUCCGCGCACCGAAAAUAUAAAUAUUUUAUAUUACGAAAUGUACUACGUAGUACAUCGUGUUACGUCAUUUCUGUGACGAAACACAAUAGUUUCAUCUAAACUCUCUGCAAUAUAAGGACCUGUCGGAUGUGGUGUUUUUUAACAGUAAACUAUUUGUUAAAAACAUAGAACGAAUUCAAAACGUAUUUUGGAGUGUGUGUUUAUUAUGCUUAAUUGUUGAUUUCGAUAGGAAUACAAUAAAAUAGUGUGGUUUAAACUAAGUUUCGAUAAAGACAUGGAAGAAUAGGAGUGGAAGUGCAUAUCGUUUCAACGUUUUUGUUUAAAACAUCGGAUUAAAGUUGUCAACUUAAUUGUUAUAAACAUUGGAUUAACGAUGGCAUUAAGCGUCAAGAGAACUCACGCCCUUUAUAUCCCCUGGAGGCAAGAUCCUAGUUACUGAGGGAGACAACGUGACAUUUGCUUGUAUGUAUUAUGGAACUGUCGCGGACAUGAACGUGUCUUGUACAUGGAGCACAACAUAUCCAGGAAAUGACAAAAUAAUACCGCAGUUAUACAUGCUGUACGCCUCUAAUUCGGGGUGUAACAAGAUGUUUGGAAAUGAAAGCAUAUACAGGUUCGAAUGCGGAAGCGGUGUAUUUAAAUUGACCAUCUUGAAUAUAAAGUCCAGUGAUUGGAACAGCACCAAGUGGAUUUGUGAGCUUAAAAUAUUUGACAAAUGGAAAGGCAGCGAAUCGGUUACCUUGUUAGUAACUGAGAAAGCCAACGCCACAACCUCCACUAUUGACAGCUUAGAGGUGACUAAAGCCAACACUACUUUCAUAGAAACAUCCCACUCAUUUGACGUUUCUAACCAAACUACACGGCCUGAAGCGGAGAAGUAUGCUUGGAGAGAAUAUAUUUUGUUAAGCAUAGCUGCUGGAUGUGUAGGUGUUGGAAUUGCAAUUGGUGUGGUUGCCACGUUGCUUUGUAAUCAGAGGAAACAUGGCAAACGACAACCCUCCAGUGAACGUGUCAACACCGAAAACUGCAUGCUUCAAGAUUUGACGGGUACAGCUCAACGGAUGCAAGCAAACAGAUCAUCAACAUCGGCGAGAUAUGAACAACUUGUUCAUAGAAACGAGGUUCUUUACGAAACGAUUCAAGAUAUCUGAAACUCCUGGAAAUAGUUUAGGCAGCCAAUGUGACAUAGAAUUUAGCUGAUUAUUUGUUUGUUUUUUUAAAUGAACUUCACAAGUCUCUUGACUUUCAUUGCUGACAGUUGUAAAACAAUAAAGUGAUGUUCUCAAAUCAUGUGUUAAACGAAUAUUUGAAAAUGGUAAACAUACGUACUCAGGGUCAAGAAGGCAGAAAUGCUGUGUAUCAAAAAAGCAAACUCAAGAACGGCCCGGUACAGAAAAGCCCGGUUCAGGAAGGUCCGGUUUAUUUCUAAUAUGAAAAACAUAUUAAUUAUAUAAACAAUAUUCACAUCAAUUAUUCAAUCAAUGCAAUAAAAAUAGACGUCAUUUUGUUACUAUUUAUAGUAACGAUAUGUGAUAUUAAUAUUUAUUUGUAAUUCUCUUUUCCCGAAUAAAAUAACGUUAGGUAAUCAUAACGUAGUAUUGUAUCUGUUUUAUAUUCUGUACAUCAAUUGUAUUUAUGUGUGUCUGUCACCAUCAUAGCAUAUAUUACUAUCCCAAGAACGGUCUUAAAUCAAUAAUGUAUACAGUAGUAACAAUGUCAUAAGUGUUUUGGGAAAUAAAAUAUAUUCAAAGGAAAUCUAUGAAUACAGGCUGAUUUACCUACUUUUGUAGAGAAAUUGAAUUACUUUUUUAACAUGAUGACCUGCCUGUAUUACAGAUGUAAUGUUAAUGUUAUGAAAUUGUUGAUAUUGACCAUUUCUAGAUUUGGAGUUUCACGUUGAUUAUAUUAACCACAAAGAAUGUUCGGUGUA